UCCAUCUCUCUCAGGAUUCCUGAUGGUUGGACCCUUGUUGGUAGACUGGAGCCUUAUGAGGACAUCACACUGACCUUUGCAUUAAAGCAGCAGAAUCUGAACAAGUUGAAGGACUUUGUGGAUCUUGUGUCAGACCCAGAAUCCCCACAUUAUGGUCACUUCCUGUCCCUGGCAGAGGUCUCAUCCCUGGUCCAGCCUUCUGCUGACACCUUAAAGACAAUGAAGAGCUGGCUGGAUAGAAAUGGAGUUGCAGACUGUGAUAGUGUCCAAACCCAGGACUUCCUGCAGUGCCGUACCCAAGCCAGCACUGCAGAGCGUUUACUCCCAGGUUCUCAGUUCCAGCGCUAUACAAAGGGUGAUAAGAGUGUGGUGAGGUCCAGCACCCCAUACACGCUAAGUGAGCAGUUGGCGCAAUACAUAGACUUUGUGGGGGGGGUUCAUCGUUUUCCAUCAGAACAGCAUGUCAUCAGCAGAGAAUGGGAUAAACGCCAAACAAAGCGAGCUGAUUUGCAUCUAGGGGUCACCCCCUCUGUCCUACGUCAGAGAUACAACCUGUCUACAGUUGAUAUAGGAACACAUCCCAACAACAGCCAGGCUUGUGCCCAGUUCCUGGAGCAGUAUUUCCACCAGGCUGAUCUCAAUGAGUUUAUGCAGCUUUUUGGAGGAAGCUUCUUGCAUCGGACACAAGUUGAUGAAGUAAUUGGACAACAAGGUGGAGGCCGGGCUGGAUUGGAAGCCAGUUUAGAUGUGGAGUAUAUCAUGAGCACUGGUGCAAACAUCUCUACUUGGGUGUUUAGUAAUCCAGGAAGACACGAGUCGCAGGAGCCUUUCCUUCAGUGGAUGCUGCUACUAACUAAUAUGUCUGCACUUCCCUGGGUUCACACUAUCAGCUAUGGGGAUGAUGAGGACAGUCUGUCAGUUGCGUUCAUGCAGAGAAUUAAUACAGAGUUCAUGAAGGCAGCGGCUCGAGGUCUCACCAUCCUCUUCGCUUCAGGUGACGAUGGUGCAGGAUGCAGAGAAGUCACCAAAGGAAAGAAUGGUUUUCGGCCAAGUUUUCCAGCAUCAAGUCCCUAUGUGACAACAGUUGGAGGAACAGCAUUUAAAAACCCUUUUCAGGUGACCCACGAAGUUACAGAUUAUAUUAGUGGUGGUGGCUUUAGCAAUGUCUUCCCGAUGCCAGACUAUCAGGUAUCUGCUGUGUCACGCUACCUACAGUCUUCAGUGAAGUUACCCCCCAACAGUUACUAUAACAGAAGCGGACGGGCGUAUCCUGAUGUGGCUGCACUCUCUGAUAACUACUGGGUGGUUUCCAACAGGAUCCCAAUUCCAUGGGUGUCUGGCACUUCGGCCUCCACACCCGUGUUUGGUGGGAUACUGUCCCUCAUUAAUGACAAUCGUUUGAAGAGAGGUCUCUCCCCAUUGGGCUUCCUUAAUCCAGCACUAUACCGACUGCAGGGGAACCAAACUAAUGCACUUUAUGAUGUCACCGAGGGAUGCCACCUCUCCUGCAUCGAUGAUGUAGUUCUAGGACAGGGAUUCUGUGCGGCUCCAAGCUGGGACCCUGUGACUGGCUGGGGAUCCCCUAACUAUCCUGUGCUGCUGAAGGAGCUCUUGCUGUGACCCCAACAAUAUGACAUAUUAACCAGUUAUUAUCUGUGCUAUAGGAACAAGCUGGCAGUGCAGAUGCCACAGAAUGUAACCGGGAAUUAGUACACAAUUAUUUCUUAAUUAAUCCUCUGUAGUGAUUUGCUUUGUGAUUCUUGCUAAUCUGAUUAUGUUGCUUAUGUGAUGAGCAACUGAUAUUGACUCUCAGGGAGCGCAGCGUUGUAAUGCUCUUGUAGUACAACAAACUGCGCCUGCGCACACGCAUCAAAUACACACACACUACAGAAAGCGCGUACACAUAUAACACACAUCACUUACACACUACAUACAGCAUGUAUACACACCCACUACAUACAACACACACACACUACAGAAAGCGCGUACACAUAUAACACACAUCACUUACACACUACAUACAGCAUGUACACAAACACACACUACAUACAACAUACACACACACUACAGAAAGCGCGUACACAUAUAACACAUCACUUACACACUACAUACAGCAUGUACACAAACACACUACAUACAACAUACACACACACUACAGAAAGCGCGUACACAUAACACAUCACUUACACACUACAUACAGCAUGUACACAAACACACACUACAUACAGCAUGUAUACACACACACUACAUGCAACAUACACAAACACUACAUACAGCAUGUAUACACACACACUACAUACAACAUACACAAAAACACUACAUACAGCAUGUAUACACACACACUACAUACAACAUACACAAAAACACUACAUAAAGCAUGUAUAAACACACACACACACACUACAUACAGCAUGUAUACACACACACUACAUACAGCAUGUAUACACACACACACUACAUACAGCAUGUAUACACACACACUACAUACAGCAUGUACACAAAAACACACUACAUACAGCAUGUACACAAACACACACUACAUACAGCAUGUAUACACACACACUACAUACAACACACACAAAAACACUACAUACAGCAUGUAUACACACACUACAUACAACAUACACAAAAACACUACAUACAGCAUGUAUACACACACUACAUACAACAUACACAAAAACACUACAUACAGCAUGUAUACACACACACUACAUACAACAUACACAAAAACACUACAUACAGCAUGUAUACACACACACUACAUACAACAUACACAAAAACACUACAUAAAGCAUGUAUAAACACACACACACACUACAUACAGCAUGUAUACACACACACUACAUACAGCAUGUACACAAACACACACUACAUACAGCAUGUACACAAACACACACUACAUACAGCAUGUAUACACACACACACUACAUACAGCAUGUAUACACACACACUACAUACAGCAUGUAUACACACACACUACAUACAGCAUGUAUACACACACACUACAUACAGCAUGUAUACACACACACUACAUACAGCAUGUAUAUACACACACACACUACAUACAGCAUGUAUACACACACACUACAUACAGCAUGUAUACACACACACUACAUACAACAUACACAAAAACACUACAUAAAGCAUGUAUAAACACACACACACACACACACUACAUACAGCAUGUAUACACACACUACAUACAGCAUGUACACAAACACACACUACAUACAGCAUGUACACAAACACACACUACAUACAGCAUGUAUACACACACACUACAUACAGCAUGUAUACACACACACUACAUACAGCAUGUAUAUACACACACACACUACAUACAGCAUGUAUACACACACACUACAUACAGCAUGUAUAUACACACACACACUACAUACAGCAUGUAUACACACACACUACAUACAGCAUGUAUACACACACACUACAUACAGCAUGUAUACACACACACUACAUACAGCAUGUAUACACACACACUACAUACAGCAUGUAUAUACACACACUACAUACAGCAUGUAUACACACACACACACACACUUCAUACAGCGUGUACACAAACACACAUGGUAUACACAUAUUACACACACAUGCUGUAUACAAAUACGGCACUGCACUAGUUUCGCGCAACCUUGCCGAAGGUAAAUUGUGUAUCUGGGGCAGUUGCGCUAUGCACUGAAAACACUUGCCCUAAUGACAACAGAAAGACGUGAGAGACAGGGUUAAGGCACAGGGAAUUCAGUACCAGGACAUGCGCUCAGUGACAAUAAGACAAAACACACAAAUCUGCAGCUCUCCCCCUGGGUGAUAUUUUUAGAUAUUUUGUGCCAAUGGAUAAGUGGGAGCAAGACCUCAUCAUAUCUACUCUUACUGCACAGAGUGAUUGGGGGACCCCUGUAUCUCUUGUUUCCUAAGUCUUUGCUGCACACUGUUCUUCUUAGUGCCUGAUGCCCGCUUCAUGGGCACCCUUACUAACCCAUGACCUGCUCCACCUGCAGACGUCUGUACUAGAGCCUUUGUUCCCUGGUGGUCAGUUGUCAUGUUUUACUGUUCCCAAGUGUCCUGGGUUAAUGCACUGAUCAGAUAGACCCCCUAGAAGUUAAAUGACCAUUAUCAUUUGAAGGGGGAGCACUGUAUCAAGGGGCUCUCUCCUAAGGUGCCUACAAGGGUAACCUGUACCCCUUCCAUACCCCAAAACCAGCACCCCAGACUGCACAACUGUCUAUAAAAUCAUGUAAUUGCUGUGGAAGAGUGAGUUUUUACUUUGUUUCUUGCUCUUCAUGUUUUGCUAAAAUAAUGAUAAAAUAAACAAAACAAAAAUAUCCAGAA